AUGCUGACAUGGCGGCGGACGUUCGCCACAUCGGUUGCGCGACUGAACAAUAGGCCAGCAGCAAGGAGCGCCGGCUCCACGCUUCUUCGCUGCGCCCAGGUCCUCGAGCAGGGUCAGAAGGGAUCUAGUCUGGAGGACCAGGAGAUCCAAUUGAACGGGUUCAUUCGAUCCGUUCGCAAGCAGAAGCGUUUCGCUUUUGCAGAGAUCUCCGAUGGAUCGACAGUCAAGCCUUUGCAGGCUAUCCUGAAUCCCUCCCAGGCUGCCGAACUAUCAACCGGAACAGCUGUCGAAAUCUCAGGAGUCUGGAAGGCAUGUCCGCCAGGCAAGGAGCAGACACAUGAGCUGCAGGCCACCUCUGUGAACAUCGUGGGCAAAACAGAUCCCGAGACCUACCCUAUCCAAAAGAAAUACCACAGUCCCGAAUUCCUCCGUCAAAUCCCCCACCUACGCCUUCGCACGCCCUUCAAUUCCCUCCUCUCGCGAUUCAGAUCUGAAUGCCUAUACCAACUCGGAAAUGUGUUUCGGCACGCCCCCAAUGGCGGCUUCGUUCAGGUGCACCCGCCGCUAAUCACAUCGUCGGACUGCGAAGGAGCCGGAGAAACAUUCACAGUGCUACCGCGUGAGGCUGUAGGGACGACGCCAGCCGAUGGCGACCACUUCUUCCGCGCUCCCAAGUACCUCACGGUAUCAUCACAGCUGCAUCUGGAAGCAUACGCUGCGGAGCUAGGAAACGUAUGGACCAUGUCACCCAUGUUCCGGGCGGAGAAGAGCGACACGCCGCGUCACCUCAGCGAGUUCUACAUGUUAGAAGCAGAGGCAAACUUCAUGAACGACCUGCAUACCCUCACGGACCUCGUCGAGUACCUUCUCCGCGACCUAACCCGUCGCCUCUACGACACGCCCGUCGGACAGGAAAUCCUCACCACAAAACGCCCCGGCGAAUCCAGCUCGGAGGAAUCGGCAACAGCAACAGACCCUGCUGACCUCCGCCAACGGUGGCAGGACAUGAUCGACGGGCCCAAAUGGCGACGCAUGACAUACACCGAAGCGAUCGAGCUCCUCCAAGACGCCGUUGCCAAGGACUCCGCCACCUUCGAGUACCCCCCAACGUGGGAGGGCGGUCUCCAACUCGAACACGAGAAAUACAUCGUUGAUGUGCUCAACCACGGGCACCCAGUCUUCGUAACCGACUAUCCCAAGCCAAUCAAACCCUUCUACAUGGCCCCGUCGCACGCAUCAGCGGCCACCACCCACGGUGAAACAGUCGCCUGCUUUGACCUUCUCCUACCAGAGGUCAGCGAAGUAGCUGGCGGCUCACUCCGCGAGCACCGCCUCCCGGAGAUCAUCCAGAACAUGCGCCAACAUGGUUUGAUCAAGAACCUUGCCGCCGCAUCGAAUGACGGCACUGACACAGCCACGCCCACCUCCCAUCAAGCAGAAGAGCUGUACCCUCAUCUCCUCCCCGGCGAAGAUCUAGGCCAUCUCCAAUGGUACGCCGACCUCCGUCGAUGGGGUACCGCGCCGCACGGAGGCUUCGGACUCGGGUUCGAUCGCUUCCUGGGGUACUUGGCUGGCGUAUCCAGUGUUAGAGAUAUUGUCGCGUUCCCUAGAUACUUCGGUCGGGCGGAUUGCUAG